UCCGUCAGCUGCUCACAUUAAAUGCUAUUAUAUAUAUAUAUAUAUAUAAGCCACAGCAUCAUUCUGCAAACUUAGAUCUGGCAAAACAACUGAUUUUUUAUUCCUUUUCUUUCCAUUCUCAAAAUGAAGAGGGAACUUUGCUCCUUGGUGUUUUGGAAGGCGAUAUUUGCAGAAUUUCUUGCUACCCUCGUAUUUGUAUUUUUCGGACUGGGUUCCGCUCUGAGAUGGCCCGCUGCCCUUCCAACAGUCCUUCAGAUUUCACUAGCCUUUGGCUUAGUCAUAGGGACACUGGUCCAGUCAGUGGGACAUAUUAGUGGCGCUCACAUAAAUCCAGCCGUGACUAUAUCUUUCCUGGUUGGGUCUCAGAUUUCCAUUAUGAGAGCAUUUUUCUACAUUAUUGCACAGCUUCUGGGAGGUCUGGCUGGAGCUGGUAUACUUUAUGGCGUGGUACCACCAUCUGUCAGAGGGAACCUUGCUAUUAAUACGCUUAGUAACAACACAACGCCUGGACUCGCAUUCGUGGUGGAAAUGAUACUCACCUUUCAGCUGGUUAUGUGCAUUUUUGCUUCAACAGACAGCCGCAGGAACGAUAACGUCGGUUCUCCAGCAUUAUCUAUUGGAUUCGCAGUUACUCUGGGACAUCUUGUGGGGAUCUACUUCACCGGCUGCUCAAUGAAUCCUGCUCGAUCAUUUGCCCCAGCUGUUGUUGUGAGACGCUUUGCCAAUCAUUGGGUUUUCUGGAUUGGACCAUUGGUCGGUGGCAUGCUGGCAUCCCUGGUCUACAAUUACAUUCUUUUUCCAUCUACGAAGACUCGUUCACAAAAGUUGGCCAUCCUCGCUGGAACCUUCGUUGAAGAAGAAAGCUGGAGCGAGCAGCUAGACAGCCGCAAAAGGCGGUCUCUGGAAUGUCCCGAUCGUAGAGGCGUGGGCUUUGGGUUGCCAAAAUCCGGAUGCGCUGAAUAAUGGAGAUCUGAGCCACCCUGAGGAUCUGGAUACAUUCGCCAUAAAAACGCACUAUAUGAACAUUUUGCUACCUGGUUCCAAAGUCUGAAGUAACAGCGAUGGCUAAUACAAGUGGCUUCAGAUUGCAGAGAUGAACUUUUUUUAUUGUUAUCGUUAACAAUAAAAGUAUCAGCCAGCACAAUGAAGUACCUGUACAAGAUGGAAAGAAAAAGAGUUAACCAGUCACAUCUGAAGCUUUUAUAAGAUAACAAAUCCAUCAUUGUAAUUCUAUUAUUUUAUGUUAAUUAUCAAAUUGCUUUAUUUAUCAUUUUGUUAGGGCUUCUAACUGCUUCACUUGCCAGAGUUUAUGUUAUCGUGUAUUUGACAAUAAUAUAUAAAUAUAUGGCAGAAACAUUUCCAUAAAAUGUUUGCACUAUACAUAACUAUCAGACUGUCCCUCUGCUUUCAGAUGAUCUAAGUAAAUUGUCUUUUAAAUAUU